AACAACAAGACAGACUAUUCGAAAAUGUAAGCUAAAAGUAAAGCGAAUACCUCUGUGGAUCACUUAUUCCGGACCGUAAAUGGCACAUGUCUCUGUACAAAUUCCGCAUUUUCGGGAAAUCAAAUUUCACCUCCAAGAGAAAUCAAUAUGUCCUUCUGCGAUGAGGUUGAUGUCAAAAGACGACGUCCUGGCACCGGUUGUUGUGGUAGCGGAUGCGGGUCAGACAGCAGAAGCGGUUGUUUUGAGGCGCGCAUACUGUCCUGUAAUUGCCAGAGUAACGCGGGAUGCUUGGAUCGCAACGAUUGCGGCGGUUUGCGGCCAACUGGGACCGCUGCUACGGGUGCGUGUCCUGGGCCUUGUCAGUGCGUUGAGGAGGAAAUGUGGAAUAGCAACGCGCCUAAGCCGAAUUGUCAGUGGUUGAGUAACUUUGCUGAGCUGCGCCGUCAGUGGAGCGAUCAUAGCCGCCAGCGGGCUUGCAGAUGUUGCAGUUGCCGAUCCGCGUGCAGAACUGUCACCCCGUGCCGGCUAUGUCUUCCGACGCCCCGGUGUUCCGGUACCACUCUAACUUCGUCGGACUGUCAGAAAUGCUGCGGGAGCUGUCGUCUGGCAGGCGGCGCGAGCAAAUCGGAAAUGACAUCGAUAGAUAGAUCGUCGUCGGCCGAGCGAAUCUCGAAACGCGAGGCGGGUGGCGGAUGCCCGCCACCUAACUACACGUCCAACCGCUGCGGCAGCUCGCCUAACACAGAUUGCUCGUCGUCGAUCGCCUCGUCCUGCUGUUCUUCGCGAUGCGAGGGCCAUUCUGCCCAGCCGUCGCCGUGCUGCGAACCCUGCGUCUCGCCGUUGCGACCCAUCCUUAAAAAAAAGCGCGGUUGUUGCUGUGAUCGCUGCAGCGGCCCGACUCCCUCUUGCAUGUGCCAGCCGAUGUCACGUGGUUGCAAUUGUCCACUUCCGGUGCAAAUAGACGCGCGCGCUACCCGCGAAUGUACCUGCGACUGCCCGUCCAGCCCGGAAUGCGCGUGUCCACCCAGCGAGCGAAGGUUCUCGAGGACCUCGAGGACCUGUCCCAAUGCGCGCCUCUGCAGACCUUUCCUUCGCUUACCACCUAGCUCCAAGUGUCACAACAACUGCACACGUCACCAACCGUGUUUACCGCCACCUUGCGACCCGUGUACGUCCAGCGAAUGUCAAACACCAGCUUCAGCUGCAACGAGGAGCUCAUGCUCACCGUGUCCCUCGUGCUCGCCCUGUCGACCCGCUUCGUCCGCCUCCACCAGGUCGUCUUGCCGGCCGCCGACACCUUGCAGGAGGCUGAGCAUCUGCGACGAACGUCCAGGAUCUUCGCCAUGCUCGGGAACAGGUCAGUCUUGUUACGGGAUCGACGACGCUAUUUGUAGCGUAGAGGACUGCGUCGAGAAGCAGCAGGAGACGAGCGAUACGGGAAACCGCGACAGCUCGAGCGACUAUUGUUGCGCGACAGACCGCGUCGAAGCCGGGGAUCAAUCGGGACGCGCUGGCGACAAUCACGAUUCGAUACCGGACGAGGAAUCUGUUAGGGUUUCCACAUCAGAGGCAUCAAUUAACCCACCCUCGAGCGCCGUGAACCCUUCCCAGUCUGUCGAUCCGGACUCGACCGACACGCCUGUGAGAAACGUCGACGAAAUGACGCGCCGGAGAGCGUUUCCGUUCGCGUUUUUGUCGGCGUUGGCGUUCUGCAGCACAUUCCAGCGAGGUGCACUCGCCGUCGCCGAAAGCAUCAAAAAUAAGAGUGUCACCGAGAAGCAGCCCGAGGGCUGCAUCGAUUGUGGAUACUACAGAUGUCCAGAGAACCUUGGAAAAUGCUUACUGGGCUCGGUACCUGAUCCUUGUGAAUGCUGCCCGGGUGGUUUGUGUGCUCGUCUUGAUGGCGAAACGUGCUGGAAUGAGAGCAUCCCUCUUCUAUCUCCGAAGAGCCGCAACGACGGAUACUGCGCGAGAAACUAUCUGUGCGAGUUACGUACCGAUCUACAGGAGGAGAAGGAUCCUCCGGAGGCUGUCUGCGUCUGCAUGGAGCAGACCCCUGCAUGUGGCAGCAAUAACGAGACUUACGCGACGCCGUGCGCGCUGCACGAGGAGGCGAUGAAACUCCGAAACUUGUCCUCCUUGUGGCUGCAGCAUCUCGGUCCUUGUCAAAGUAGACCUUGGAUCUUGUCAACUCUGGAGGACGUCGCCUCACCUUUUGGUCAACGAGUCGCGCUCAAUUGCGAGGCGAAGGGCUUCCCCGUGCCGGAUAUCUUCUGGGAAUUUCACUCGGCCGACGGCAGGAGAGUGCUGAAAUUGCCAGGAGAGGAGCACGACGCGACGGUGCAUACGAGGGAGGGUCCAGAGCCCCUUAUGCGAUCAUCCUGGAUGCAAUUGGCUCGAUUGAAUAAAGAACAUACUGGAAUGUAUCAUUGCAUCGCCAACAACUCCAUCGGCGAGGCGAGCGCGACUUCGUUUGUGUCCAUGUCGUGAGAGAUUGAGCUCGCGUCCUGCGAGGUAUCUCUCACGUAAUCGCCGCGCCUCACGACGCACGUUAAACGCGCGGAGAGAAUGAGAGAGAGAAAGAAAGAGAGAAAAAAAGAGAGGAAGACAGACGGAGGAGAGAAGAAGGCGUGUAACCGUACGUUCAGAAAAAAAAUUAUCUUUUCCAGCAAAUGGAUGUAUGAGGAAUCUUCCUGGCAUAGAUGGUACAUCUCCGAUCGUGUGUCGAGACUGCAUGAAUGGCAAUCGUUGCUUUGUAAAGUAGAGAUCCGCUUACGAUAAGUUUGACACGAGAACGACUUAUUUGGUACGAUCUAUACCUGAAGCUUCUUCCAUGUUUCCCGCUAUAAUAAAUUCUGAUGCCGUAUCAUGAGUCUGCCUUCGUUCUCGUCUUCCAUCCUUGAUUAUUACCAGUCUCUUUGCGGCGGUGGCGGUGGCCUAUGUAAAAUAGUCUUAGUUAUACAAAUGCGCUUUCACCAAGCAAACGCAAUUUUUAUAUCUUUUUCAACCUUAUAUUACUGCAGUUAUUCGAAUACAACGGAAUAAGAAAUAAUACUAGCAAUACAAGUAAGCCAUUGUAAUACAAAUAAUACUAGAGUGAAAGUAAUACUAUUUCUGCCAUUAUUUCUCUGGAGAGAAUUUUAUAGUAAAAAUCAGUAGAAAAUUUUGUAAC